AUGCUAAAGUGGACAGCGUCAGCGCAGAAGCUGAAUCAGCUCACGCCGAGCAUUAAAACGAUACGCUCGCCGCAUCCCCUCGCAAACGAGGUAAAGCGCCGACGGCGACGCGCAACUAUUAGCAACAAGGAGAACCUUAUACCAUUUACCUCUACACCGAUGGUGGCGUGUGAGUGGCGUAACAGUCCACUAGGGCUUUCACCCUUAACGGAUAUUUUGAGCGCUACUGCAAAAUCAACACAGCGUACACCAGAACGUACUUUACAGCAAGUUGGCAGCACAUAUGUGGAAAACCGACCGCUACCCACUAGGCGGCACUCGACAGUCGGAUUCUCACUGCAGGCGGCGGCGGCGGCGCCUACUUACGCCUCUACACUGCCAUGUUUCGAGGAGGAGUACUCACCGAGCACAGCGCUGCAUACGGGACAACAAGUGGCGCUGCGCGGUCUGCUGCCCGAUCCCUUCGUAAGUAAUUUGCGUUACUUCAAUACACCGGAGUUGGUCAAACGGCGACAGCAGGAGGCGCAGGAACAACUGAAGGCCACACGCAAGUCCUUGCCGCGUAAGUUGGAGCAAGAUUUUGCUGAAAUCGCGCGUGAAUGUGUGGGUGUAAAGCAAUUGAGACACAAUACCAACAAGCACAACAACAAUGUCACACACUCCGCCGCUAUGAGCGAUCAAACACUGGACAAACUCAUUGACGCCAUACUCGACUCGGCGCGCAAAGAUGAAAAGAAGAAAGUGCGUACACGCAAAUCAUUUAAUCUGCGCCGCCGUACAUUGCUCAAGCACCAAACAGCGGAGAAAGUGCCCGAAUUAGUGCUCUCACCCUCCUAUGCCGCCGGCGAUGAUCCAGCGAGUGAUUUGAGUUUUCUACUGGUGGAACCGGCGCUGGAGUACACAACACCGCCAACGCCAGCACCAGCCACACCGCUGCCCGGUACGCCUAUCACUGCGGAGAUGUUACAAAAAAUGCCAACGCCUGCAAAUAUCUCGGCAGGCAGUAACUCUAAACACUUUCUGCGCUCAACCUCCAGCAAAGUGCGCUUGGAUAACACCUUUCAGCUGGAGACGCCGGUGCGUGCGCCCAUGCAGAGGAAACGGCAGCGGCGGAAAACUUUGGCAUCGCCAAUAGUGGGUGCGGCGAAACGUUUCAAGGCGGAAGGCAGUAAAUUCUUCGAAGUGGGGCUGGCGUUGCCGUCGGUUUAUGUCUGAUGUUUGCUGUGGGAGGAUUGUUGGUGUAGCUGCUGUUGUUGUUGUACGAAUUUAUUACCGCUUAAGUUAACCGACAGUAAAUAAUAUUUGAAUAAUUAAUUGAUUUUUGUUGAUUUGUUGACAAACGGGGGGAAAAUGUUCGCUUAUUACGCUUUUAGUUCGUUAAGUCAAUUAUUUAUAUUUAUAUAAAUAUUUAUUUU